AUGUGUCGAGUUAUUUUUGGCAAAGACUUGUGGGACUGUCAAUGGGGACAGGGAAAAAAAUAUGUCCAGUUGCUGUCCAGCGCGGUAACGAUCCCACAAGUAAUUGCUAGACACAUUUCGGUUCCAGUUACUUUCUCGUUUCCAAGUGUCGAAUACAAGAUGAACUGCCAGAAUUAAGGCUCUCCAAGCAAUGACGACACUCAACAACUGAGUUCGUGCUGAUUGACCGGGUUGUAGUCUGAAGCCGUAACUAUACUUAAAAAGUCAUACUUGCGUGCACUCAAUCUUAGAUUGGAAAUUUCAUAAGACUAGGUAGCAAGUGGUGUCAGAUGUGUACCAACUUAAAUGAUGCGACGCAAAUCAUUGGUCAUCAUAAUGCGGUAAUACCAUUGCUGUUUAUGGUUUAGGUUUUAAUUUCAUCUCAGUGCGUUUCAAAGAAUAAUACUGUCCUCUAAACGUGACCCAUUUUACCUCAUGGGGCAAGUAGCUGGUGUUGUAAGAUCCUCGACGAUACAAACCAUUUAGAUUGGCUCAACUGCAGGAAUGGUACCACCAUGCUCCACUGAGUAAAACAGCGCAAUUGUCAGGGUCAUAAAGAUCAUUGUCGACAUCUUUGGUUGAAAAAUGUAAAUUACUGCAGAAAAAAGUCACAGUUUGAUAAUGGCACAAAUUAAACAAAGAGAUUUGUUUGUUAGGAGGUGAUCUAUUUACCGAGUUAGGAUUUGAAGAAACGAUUUCGAGGUGGAUUUCAAGGUGGAUUUUGAGUUCGGAUUUACGAGUCGUCCCAUGCAUGUAAGGAAAUGCAAGACGGUCUUGGUUUCUGGAUUCCACGCCGUGGAUUUCCGGAUUCCUGUACGGGAUUCCUCAUUUUUUUACUGGAACUUGGAUUUCGGAUUCCAGUCGUUUGUGGGAUUCCGGAUUCCUUGAGCUGGAUUCCGGAUUCUAAAACCCAUAAUUCUGUAUUACACAAGCGACAUUUCCCUGAUUCCGGAUUCCGCAAGCAAAACUUCCCAGCCCAACAUGGUGUGAUUCGAGUAAUACGCAUCAUGCUUCCGAAGUAAAGGCUUUGUGCAUUACAGCUCACUGCUACACCCGCAGUUCAGAUACAGAUGCCACUUAUGUGGCUGUGAUCGAUUACGAGUCUACUUGACUCUACAAAUUAAUAAAAUGGUUUGAAUAUCAGAGAGAAGGUAUCUAUUUAUGAGGUGGUCAGCGUUGUCGAUCACUUAUUGUAAGGGCAAAAAGACUUGUAACAGCAGUGUAAGGUGGGCUUUAAAGAAAGUAUAUGAAGGACUGCUGAUUUGAUAGUACGUCCUUUAACUGCCGCUUAUUCCUGGGCCUAAACAUCUUCGUAGGGAAUUUAGAAGGGCUCACUACACCCGCAGUUCAGAUACAGAUGCCACUUAUGUGGCUGUGAUCGAUUUCGAGUCUACUUGACUCUACAAAUUAAUAAAAUGGUUUGAAUAUCAGAGAGAAGGUAUCUAGUCAUCGCUAAAAGGUUGGAGACAAAGAGUCAGAAGGAAAGGCGCAUGAACAUCUUGGUAUUGCGUAUUCUCCUCUCUAUGAUUUCCCAAAAGCAGUCGAGUUCCAUCAGAAGAAGGUCAGUAUCGCAAAAGAAAUUAAUAAUAAGAAAUCAGAAAAAGUGGAAUACAUCAACCUUGGCGGUGUGUACUGUGACGACCUCGGUGAUUUCAGAAAAGCAAUGAGUUCUUUCAGCAAGGUCUAGCUAUAGCUAAAGAGGUCGGAGACAAAGAGACAGAAAUAAUGGCGUAUUGGAACUUUGGUAUUGCGUAUUCUUCUCUUUAUGAUUUCUCAAAAGCAAUCGAGUUCUAUCAGAAGAAUGUCAGUAUCGCUAAAGAGGUUGAAGAUAAAAAAUCAGAAGAAGAGGGAUACAUCAACCUUGCCUGGGUGUAUUCCUCCCGCGGUGAUUUCAGAAAAGUAGUCGAGUUCCAUCAGCAGGGUCUAGCUAUCGCUAAAGAGGUCGGAGACAAAGAGACAGAAAGGAUGGCGUAUUGGAACCUUGGUAUUGGGUAUUCAUCUCUCUACGAUUUCCCAAAAAAAAUCGAGUUCUAUCAGAAGAAGGUCAGUAUCGCAAAAGAGAUUAAUAAUAAAAAAUCAGAAAAAGUGGAAUACAUCAACCUUGGCGGUGUGUACUGUGACGACCUCGGUGAUUUCAGAAAAGCAAUCGAGUUCUUUCAGCAAGGUCUAGCUAUAGCUAAAGAGGUCGGAGACAAAGAGACAGAAAUAAUGGCGUAUUGGAACUUUGGUAUUGCGUAUUCUUCUCUUUAUGAUUUCUCAAAAGCAAUCGAGUUCUAUCAGAAGAAUGUCAGUAUCGCUAAAGAGGUUGAAGAUAAAAAAUCAGAAGAAGAGGGAUACAUCAACCUUGCCUGGGUGUAUUCCUCCCGCGUUGAUUUCAGAAAAGUAGUCGAGUUCCAUCAGCAGGGUCUAGCUAUCGCUAAAGAGGUCGGAGACAAAGAGACAGAAAGGAUGGCGUAUUGGAACCUUGGUAUUGGGUAUUCAUCUCUCUACGAUUUCCCAAAAAAAAUCGAGUUCUAUCAGAAGAAGGUCAGUAUCGCAAAAGAGAUUAAUAAUAAAAAAUCAGAAAAAGUGGAAUACAUCAACCUUGGCGGUGUGUACUGUGACGACCUCGGUGAUUUCAGAAAAGCAAUCGAGUUCUUUCAGCAAGGACUAGCUAUCGCUAAAGAGGUCGGAGACAAAGAGUCAGAAGGAAGGGCGUAUGGGAACCUUGGUAUUGCGUAUAAUUAUCUCUAUGAUGUCUCAAAAGCAGUCGAUUUCCAUCAGAAGAAAGUUAGUAUCGCAAGACUGAUUGGAGAUAGAUUAUCAGAGGGUGAAGAGUAUAUCUCAACUUGGGGAACUGCAUUGAAAUCUCGGCGAUUACAAAAAAGCAAUCGAGCGUUUGCAGAAAAGUCUGAGCAUUACGAAAAAGUCCGGAGGCAGAGCUGCACAAGGAUACGCAUAUAUAAGCCUUAGUAGGGUGUAUAACAAUCUCUGUCUCUUGGAAAAGGCAGCGGAGUUUUCUCAAAAAGGGCUUAACAUCAGUAAAGAGAUCAAACUAAAAAAGUUAGAAGGACAUGCAUAUGCGAACUUUGGUCAUUUGUAUCGCCAUCUCGGUGACCUCAACGCAUCAUUCGAGUUCUGGGAGAAGGCUCUUGUAUUCGCAAAAGAGACUGGGAACAAAGCGUUGGAAGGAUUUAUGUACAGAAAUUUGGGCCUUACUUUUCGGGAUUUCAGCAACUUCGAGAAGGCAAUCGAAUUCCCUUAGCAAGCUCUGAGCAUAGCUAAAGAGAUCGAAAACAAACUCUUACAUGAAUCUGCGAAUGAGGCUCUAGGUUCAGUGUUUGCUUCUCUCGGUAACUCCUCUAAAGCAGAGGAGCAUUUUAAAUCCAGCAUAAAAGUGUUUGAAGAAAUAAGGGAUCUCCAAAAAAAGAUGAAUGGAAAAUCAGUUUUCACGAAUGAUAUGAAAUUUAUUCUUCUUUAUGGUGUCCUCUUGUAGCAAAAGGCAAGAUCGCCGAGGCACUUUUUCCAGUUGAACGUGGACGAGAACGAGCUCUCAGGGACCUUAUGGAAUCAAACUAUGGAGUGAAAUCGACCCCGUCAUCUUCGGAAGACCGAAUAGAAAGAAUGUCUCGUAUUUCAGGCCAUAAUUUAUCAUCAACGAUAUUUCUGGCGGAACACUACGAGACGUUGAAUUUCUGGGUACUACUGAAGGGACAGCAGUAUCAGUUUGUGCGAAAAAAACACAAUCAGACCUUGACCAGCUUGAGGAACGAAACAUACAAAAACAAAUUGGCGUGAGAGGUUUCAGAUUCUAGGAACAGUUCUCGGACGAUCCUUUAGAUGAAGAGAAGAAAGACUUGCCUGAUAGGGCUAGUACAGAAGAGAAAGAAUCAACGUCAUCGCAAGAAGAUUUAAAAGCAUUGUCUGACGUAGUGAUCGCUCCGAUUUCACACUUGAUAAGAGGUGACGAGCUUAUCAUUGUCCCCGAUGGUCCAUCUUUUUUGAUUCCUUAUGCUGCCCUGGUAGACCAACAUUCCAGGUUUUUGUCUGAAACGCUGAGAAUUCGCAUUUUAAUUUUAACAUUUUAAUGCUUUUGGCAGAGUGUCCGGAAAAGUAUCACAGUACAUCUGGUGCACUGCUUGUUGGCAAUCCGUGGGUGGAAACUGUGCGCCUUAUACAAUUAAAGGCCGCAGACCGUUUUCGCAGCUCCCUGGUGCCGAGGAAGAGGUAAACAUGAUUGGACAGAUAGUUAACACUGAGCCCCUCACUGGAAAGAAGGCCACAAAAGAUCAAGUGUUAAGCAGGCUCAACUCAGUGUCCUUAGUCCACAUCGCAGCUCAUGGUCGUGAAGAAACCGGUGAAAUUAUCUUGUCUCCUAAUCUUCCUGGUUCCGAUAGGCCCAAAGAGGAAGACUUUCUUUUGACGAGGGCAGAUGUAUUAAACGCCAAAUUGCGCGCCAAGCUUGUUGUGCUGAGCUGA